GUUGUUCCUAGGCAGAAAGCUGGUCAGACUGUCCUCGGUAACCACACAGCAACUCAAGAUGGCAACAACACCAACCACAACACAGAUGCUCUGCCACCUACCACAUCCACAACAUCGUAUGCCACUGACAUGGCAGCCAAAUCAGACUCUACUGCCAAAACCCCGCCACAAGUUGCAAAAGACGCAACAAGAACUAAGCCGCCAUCACCACCGGCGGCGGCAACAUCACAGACAUUGCGCUCGACGCUCUCCGCAAGUACAAUAUUAAGUGAAAGCAUUAUUAGAACUAUAACCACAAAAGCUAUUGGCAAUCAGACUUCACCAACCCCCGAGGUAGGAAACAGAAUGAAAAGUACUAGUGAAAAAGAUUAUUUAUUAACUGAUGUAACAACAACAAGUGUUCCUUUUGGAGGAGGAGAAGAAGAAGAAGAAACAGGACAAGAUGAACUGCCGAGACCACCUUUAGAUACCAUCACAGGAUCAAGACCAGUGAUUGAGAAGAGUGGGCUGAAGGACAAGACCGUUGAACUAGGGGAUGAUGUCCGACUGACGUGCCAUGUUCAGAGCGUUCGUCCUUCUGAGAUCUGGUGGGAGUUCAACAAGAUGCCCAUCGGUCAAAGUGACUUCUUCUCAAUAAAAACCAAGCCCAGGGCUAGCUCACUCAAAAUAAAUGGAGCUAGUUUGGAGCAUGCAGGUAGCUACACUUGUAAGGCAAGGAAUGAGUUUGGUACUACAGUAUCUCCUGACAUUCAGGUGGUGGUUCUGAUGGCUCCUACAUUUGUGAAGGGGCCUGGUAACCACAGUGUAGCGUAUGGCCAGCUGCUGAAUCUCAGCUGUACGGUAGAAGCCUACCCACCCCCUAGGAUAGCUUGGUUCAAGAACACGGAACCUCUUCCACAAUGGACUGGUAAAGAAAUGAUUGUCAUAAACGUGACAGAGUCAGCAACAUACUCUUGUUUCUACCGGAAUGUUAUCAAGAACGAGGAUAAGUUUGCGGCCCGAUAUGGAGUGGUUACUGUAACUGGAGUCCGUCCUAGUUACUGUGCUGCUUAUAAUGGAGCUACCUGCCGUUCACAGCUGCCAUCCAGUCCUUACUAUAUCUUUGUGAAUGGUCACGGCGACGAACCCCUAACCUUAGAUAGCAAGCUAUCUGAGAUCCUGUCUAGUAAGACGAUGAUGAACAUGCCCGAAGACUGUCAGGCGGGGAUCAGAGAGCUCCUGUGCCAUGGAACACAUCCAAAGUGCGAAUUGGUCGGCCAGAAACCUAGAGGACAGAAAAUCUGCAAGGAGGAUUGCGAGAUUGUUCAGAGCAGAUGUCCAGACUGGGCUCAGCUGGUCAACCGUUUCCUUGACCCUCUACCGGACAAGAUACGUAGUCUUGGGUUGAGCUCAUGUGAGAACCUACCGGAAAACUAUUGCACAUCGCUGUGGCCUCUUAAUGACACAAGCCAACCUACAACAGCUUCCCCAAGAGUUCCUACGUCGCCAACGACUAGGAUCGUACCUACUACCGAGUCCGUAAGACGCACACCGAGUGGCUUAGGAGAGGAUCCUCAAGGUGAGGCGGAGCAGGAUCCAUUCAUAUUCCUUAUUCUUGUCAUCACAAUACCCAGUGCUGUUGUCAUUCUGAUCGGAGUAAGCGCUUUGGUCUUUGGCGUCAGACACUACCGAGGUAUCUCAAAGUACACCCUUCCCGAUAACAUUGAUCUAAGUGGGAUGACGGAGAAUCCAAUGUACGGCAAGAACUUCAACACCAGCUUCAAUCCCCAGCUGGCGUACCUGGAGUACGAUAGGAAUAGUGUUAUCUAUGAAAAGGACAUCGGCGAGGGUGCCUUCGGCCGGGUCUUCAUGGCUACGUCACCGAAGCUGGUGAAGGGUGAAGCGGAGACCGGUGUCGCGGUCAAGGUACUCAAGACGACCGCCGACAAGGGCGUGACGGAGUAUUUCAAUCGGGAGGCGCAGAUGAUCGCCAGGUUUUCCCACCAGAAUAUCAUCAGACUAUUGGGUGUGUGCUUUGUCGGGAGGCCGCUGUGUCUCCUCCUGGAGUACAUGUCGGAAGGAGACCUGGAGGAUUUCCUCCACUCCAGGAGCCCUUACCGCUCCAACUCAAGAACUUCCAACAGCCCGGGAAGCGGGCUGAAGACGUAUGAAAAGCUCAACAUGGCAAAGCAGAUUGCGUGCGGCAUGGCUUACCUGAAUGAGAUGAUGUUUGUGCACAGAGAUAUUGCCACUAGAAACUGUUUGAUCAACAGCAGAAUGGACGUUAAGAUAUCAGACUUUGGCCUGGCGAGGUACGUCGGACACAAGGAAUGCUUUGUAGGUCAUAAAGAGGAACACAUCCCGAUUAGAUGGACAGCACCGGAAGCAUUAUGGGAUUAUCAGUUCACGUUUGCAUCUGAUGUCUGGUCUUUCGGUGUGCUCCUGUGGGAGUUGUUCUCCUACGCAGAGCAACCGUACCUGAACCUGUCGCACGAGGACGUCUUCUUACACACGCGUCAAGGCUACAGGUUGAGCAAUCCUGAGAACACCCCUCAUAAGGUCCACCAGGUCAUGACUGACUGCUGGGAUGCCAACCCUUCUAAUAGACCAUUCUUUAAACAACUCAAAGACUCACUUGCCAGCAUGGAAUGUGAAUGGCUAGCAAAUGGCAAAGAGACUCAAUCUCAAUGAAAUGAUCAGACUAAGACUCCCAAUACCAUAUGCGUAAGAGCAUCCAAAUCUUUUAUAGAAAUAUUUAUAUCAUUCUUGUUCACACCUAUAUUAUGUAACAUGUGAGUAUGUCUUUUCUAUUUUAUUGAUUCCUACCUUUGAAUUAGGGAGAGGGUGUCACAACAAUAAAGAUUAGCUUGGAUAAGAUUGGAACAUUCAUAGUACUUCAUAAAUUGUGUUGCAUUCUUGGCGAGCUAUUUCGGGAAUGAAAAAAACAUUCAAUGUCAAAGUUAAAAGAAAAUCUUUUAAGUUGGUUAAAUUUCAGUUUCGAUAAGAAGUAAGUCCAUCGUCUUGUCUGAGUGAUGUAUGUGUUGGUCUCAAAUUUACAUUUUGUAUACAAACCACUGAUAAAUAGAACUGCACAAUGUGUAUUCCAAUGUUUGUAUUGAGAUGUUGAUGUUUUUUUUUUACCUUGUUGCUAAAAAGCAAUGAAUGCAUGUAAGCCUGCAACCAGAGGACCUAAGGCUUAGGUCCUGUCAGAAGGGCCUGGUAAGGAGGAUAAACGACUUAUCAAAGGGCACAAGCGCACCAUGUAGGAAUCUAACCUGGGUCAUUAGAUUGAGAAACCAUCACUCUUCAGACGGAGCAAACAAUUCGAGAAAUACUGGUUUAAUUUUUCUUAGUAUUUUUGAUGCUGCACUUUGUUGAUUAGAAUGUCUUUCAUUGUUUGGAUUUUUAAAGUAUUCAAAUUCAAUUAAUUUUCCCUCUAAAUGAUAAAUGAAAUAUACAAAAUCACUGUUUUUAAUGAUUAUUUCCCAUAGGGGUACAUUGUUUUGAAUGCUAGCAUGUAUGAUUGAGAAAAAGUACUGAAAAUGUUAAUAUCAUUUUCGAUGUAGUAUGUGGUGCCGUUCCUGAAAGCUAUUCAUUUACACCUUAUAAAUUGGCAACAUAUUGAGGAAGAUAAAAUUACUGAAUUAAAAAAAUUGCAAAUUGACAACUUCUGAUUAAAAUACUGCUAUUAUCAUACAACUUGAUGUUAUAUCCAUGUCUUCAAAGUAUUGAAAAUGAAUAGAAAAAUUAAUGAUUGUUGCCGAUUUGAGGAGCGUAGCAGAUUACAUAAUGUUGAUUUGAUAAAGCUGUAUGGUAAAACAUGUCUGGAAAUGGUGCAGAAAUGAUAUUAUCAAUGCUUUAAGCUGCAGCUGUCAGUGAUACUGAUUCAUUCCACGUUUGUAAGGAAAAAAAAGAUGGUGCUUAUUUUUAUAUUUGACUUCUUACAUGUUGAGUGAUGUUACUCUAAAACCCUCUUCAUAUAUAGUACAUUGUAAACCAUUGUCUACUUUCCAUAAAACUACAUGUAUGUUCAUAAUAAGGCUAUGUCAGUCAUUGUCUAUCCUAUAUUGUAAACCCUGUGUUGUUUUUACCUCAGUCACAUUUCCCCUUUGGCGGCCGUACAGCAAGUCGAAAACAGCCGUGUUAAUAUUUUUGUACCAGCUACGUAUAGGUUUGAAUGAAAAUGAAUUGAACGGCCGCCGUAGGGAAAAUGUGACUGAGGUAUAACCAGUAGUUGUAAUUAAAAUGAAAAUCCAACAUUGGUAACUUUAAAAUGGAAACGGUUGCUGUGGGAAUGGUGACUGAAAAUAAAAUCAUUAUGUUAAUAACCAUGUUCUGGGGGCCCGUAACACAACACUUAGCGAUUGAUUGUGGAGGUGAUUUUCCUGAUUGAUCAUACACUAUAAUCAAUGUAAUCAGUCGUAGAAAUCAGCCCAUGAUCGGUUACUAAGCUUUAUAUUACAGGGCCCAGAUCUAGAUGGAGAAUAUGGUGGCAGCGGUGGGAUGUAAGCUAUACUUCUGAAUUCGUAGAUGGUAAACCCAAUCAUGGGGCUGAUAUAUAUAUGAUUGAUCAAACACUAUAAUCAAUGUAAUCAAUCUCAGAAAUCAGCACUGUGAUCAACUGCUAUUUUGUAUGUAACGUGGCCCAGGGGCCUGUUACACAAAGCUUAGCAAUCAUCGUAGAACAACUUUUAAGAUUGCAUUGACAACAUUGUACAAUCAAUCGUAAAAAUCUAAUUUACAAUGAAUCACUAACCUUUGUGUAACAUGACCCUGGUCAUACAAGGAAAAGAUUGUAAAUGAUACAAUGCCAAGGAUUGCUCUACAAAUAUUCGUACAGUUAUGAAAAUGUGACAAAACCUCUUGAAAUGUUCAGAAAGAAUAUUGUGCUCUUUCCCUAACCACAAACAUAAAGAUAAAACAAUCCAGAUAAUAAACAAUUAUAUCUCCUUAAUACAUUAUUUAACAUGUAUUGUACAACACUUACUUAGCUUGUUGUACGCAAGCAAAUGGGAGGCUGAAUGUCAAACAUUCGUACCGUUGCACAUGUACCAUCCAAAAUAUACCGUUGCACAGUCUUUACGUCGUCAUAAUAAGAUUUAAUUCAUUGCGCUUAAUAAAUGAAGGUGCGAUACACCAUAUGGCUUACUGGCUAACUGUGCAUUGCUGCUUCAGAUUAGAUGCGCAUUUGAGGGAUUUUACUUUUGCUCUCAAUCAUAUUUCUCAUUUUCAUAGAUAAAACAUGUGAAAAAAAUAUUCGCAUUUUCGCUAACUUCUGAGGCGUUGGACAACACAAAUAGCGAAUAUUUUUAUUCGUGCAGUGGUGCGACAUUUCGCAUUCAGUGAAAUCUCGCACCACAACACUCAUGCAUAUUCGCUAUUUGUAUACCAAUGAAUUGGUAUCAGUUGUAAGAUUAACUGUUGUGGAGCUCUAUCUAGUUUCUGCUUUUAUUCAAAUAUAAAAUCGGGGUCGUCACGUGUGGGACCCUUGAAAAGUCCUGUUCAUUUAUUUCAGAAUGUUUUUUAUUAUAGCUCUUGGGCUCUUUAAUAACUACAUAGUAUACCUGGCAAAAAUUGGUAUAUACACUUAAUGAUCUUGUGAAAACCUUUGGAAAGAGCCUGGAUAUCAUUUUAUGAAAUGUCAUUUCAGGGGACAGGUUAGAUUUUUUUCGGGGGGGGGGGGUAUGCAUAUCAUCAUUUUCACAGACCUUCAUGUACCCACUUACAUGUGUCAAGUUUGGAUAGUAAUUGUAUCUUGCAUUUUUCACAAACAAUUUCUUUUUUGUACACUAUUGCAUUUUUUUUCUUAACAUUUAUAAAUGAAUAGGAAUGAAAAAUACAAUGUAUAAGAUGAUUUUCUAUCCUUUGCAAUGUAAUAAGGUGGUAUGCACUAUACAAGAAUGGUGUAUUAGUAUUAUUAGCCAAUUUUAGCAGUGUUUUAUUGAUUUUAAUUGUACGUACAAGUAGGAAAUAAAGGAAAGGUGCAGUUUGUUUGUGAAAAUCAAAUUAAAAAAGAUUGCAUGUUUAAGAAAAGACUAAAUUGCGUGUCAAAAGGCCAACUUUCAGAAAAGCAUCCCUUGUUUUAUAGUAGUAUUUGUAUGAUAUUAAUAUAUUAUGAAAUAAGUGAGAAAAUAAUGAACUUGAGAGUAAUUCGUUUAUUUCCUAUGUUUUUGUGCCAUGUAUUCAAGAGUAUUCACAAGCUGAAUGUAUCCUCGUUAAUAUAGAGGGAUGGCUCCAAAUAUGGAGAAGUUACUGUAUGAGUCGGAGAGCUACAAAUGUUUAUUCCAAUUUACAUCAUUCUGAAUGUAUCUUUAUCAUUAAUUUAUAAUUGUUCAACUUUUUCAAUUCUCUCUCUUAUCACGAUGGAAAUGCCAUCUUCUGUCACAAAUCAGCGUAUUUAAACUUAUCAUAUAUGUUUCACACAGAGCACAGUGCUUGUAUAUUAGCCAACAUUCAAGAAUUGUUAUAUAAUCAUGACAUCUUUCUGUAUAUUUUUGGUUGUUUUUUUUUAUCUCAGAGUAUGUUUAUAAAUUUGUAUGUUUGAAAAGUAUGUUUAUAUAUUGGAUAUUUUUUUGUCAAAAAUAUCAAGAAAUGGAUAUCAAGACUGUUUUUAUCUGUGGGAUGAACUUUCCCAAUGCCUCAAUGAGAAAUGUUAUCAAAUUUUAAUUGGUUACUGAAGCACAUUCUUGUAUUAUAUUAAUGAAGUAAUCCUUGUUUUGUGUUUGAAUUGGGGUACGUUUUCAUGUCUCCAUCCACCUAUUUUUGGGGCCAGGGGCAUCGUGUUUCAGGUGUUCCAUUCCUCCCUUUUUUAGUGAUUACUUACAAACCAUUUAACUUGUUAACUUCAAACUUGACUCCUAUCCAGUGUCAGUAUUCCCAUGAGUUUUAAUGGAUCAAUGUCGCAAAUGUCUUUAUAUACUUGAACCAGCUUAUUCUUGUGAAUUCCUGAAGGGUUCCCCUCAAACCAGGUUCAUAUAUAUGGAGGGGCCAUGAGUUGAUUUAUUAGCUGGGUUAAGGGUCAAAGAUCACAGAGGUUAUGUAUCUGAAAUGACUUGUUCUUAGUUGAAAUAACUGGAGAACCGUUGGGGCAUUUCAUGAUGGGUUUAGUCACAAAUUUUCACUGAAUGACCCGCUCUCAGCGAAUCAGAUGCAAGGAUUUCCAGUUGCGUUAUAGAAUACUAGUUGGUGAAUUUCAAUGACUGUCUGUUUGAUGAAAGACUCCCCAGUUUGUUGAAUAUUCUUUAAUCAUCCCCAGUGUCUCAUGUACAGUAGUGCCAUAGUGUAAAAGAAUGAUUAUGAUUUCCAUUCUAUUAUCCAAAUUUAUUAAGAAUGAAAACCACAAUUUCGUUCUACAAAUUUUCUUCUACAAAUAUAACACUCACCAGCUAUAUCCUUCCUGUGAGGCAACCAGUUCUGUAAGUGUGCAUAAUGUUGGAUAUUGCAAAAAGACCUAAAUAGUCUGAAUGAAAAGUGUUCUCUUUUAUGUUAAAGAAUCAAUAUUAUGAAGCUCUUCUCUGUGGGACAUCAAAGAAAUUGAAGCUAUUUUUCCACAGAUAAAGACAGUUUGUGUAUCAAUGUACUCAUUAUAAUGUACCAUCUUGUAAUUUUGGUUCAUUUUUUUUAUAUGACAUAAAAUACAUUAAAUCUUUAUAAUGUGUAAUGAUGCACAUAGAAAUCA